GUACAUAAACUGUCAUGGCGGAAAAAAGACAAGUUUGAACUUUAUUAUGUUUGUAAUGUGAUCAGAAGUGGUAUGGCCGCUGACGUACGAGGGGAAUCAAGGGGUAGCUAUCAUAGUCAGUCCCAGUAUUCUGAGUCCACUGUCAUCAACCAGGAUAUUGCUGACCCGGAUCUAUUUCAGGCAGACAUCUUCCCCACAAAAACAGAAAAAACCUCCCCACAGAAAAAUGUUAGUUUUGCUCCAGAUUCACAUUUAGAGAGAGCUAAAAGCAUUGAAGAACUUGCAAGUCGACCUCUGAAAAUACCCAAUGGGAAUGGUCCAAGUGCAGCUAGCCAUCUGUUGGCUCGUUUGGUGGAUAGAUCAGAAAAUUCCCAGGCCUUAAGAGUUGCCAGGGGUCAACCAAGAGUGGCCCCUUCUGUGGUGCCUCCUAUUGGAAAGAAACAACCAUUAUUACCAGGUCCGUUUUCACCAAGCCCUCCACCACCAAAGAGCAAUGGCACUGCUCCACCACCAGCGUACUUCCGUACAACUCUCUUUAAGAAGGACUAUCAGAAAAGGCAACAACAAAGAAAAGAUACAACACAAGAGGAGUUGCCACUUACAGUGGAUAGGAUUCACAAGCAAGUGCCACCUUCCCCUGCCCCUUCCAUGACGAUGGAUGAGAUCCCCCCAGAGGAGGCAGAGGAAUUGGAGGUAAUGGCAGAGCUUCAAGAACUCAUGGGACCUGGGACUGAAGCCAGCACGGUCAUAAAAUCAGAGAGUGUAGCAGAAAUGGAAGAUCUGGAAACCCCAAUUAGCCGAGACGGGGGAUCAACUGGUGAUAAAUCGAUUAAACUCGCCAAGAGUCACAGUGCAGCAUCCAAACCAGGAACUUCUUAUACCAAUUUCUCAGUUCCCUCCCCUACAAAAGAGGAGCAGGAGGAAGAUGCUAAGCUACAGUCUAUGAUGGAAAAAUAUCCUGAAAUUAUUCCAAUUAUUGAUGAAAUCAAAGGGGAUAAGGCAUCUACGGAGGCUAAAGUUAAGGGUAAAGCUGAUCAUCUGGCCAAAACAGAUGCCAGAAAAUCAUCUGGGAGGAAAAAAGACAUGAGUCAUGUCCUGUCUUACCUGAAGAAAAACAAAUAUGAUGAUACAGUUCCAGAAAAUGAUGAUAUUAUGGAGAACCUUAUAAAGCUCAGAGAGAGGUUGGGAUGGAAGACUGAGAUUCCACGUCAUGCAAUGGGAUGCAGGGCUGCCAUGGAGAAACUGAAGGAUCUGCCAGAUAAUGAAAAGGAGAGAGCCAAAAUGAAGGAAGACGAUGGUGAAUUUUUAUACUGUUUGCCCAGACAGAGGAAGAAUAGGCGAGCCAGAUAUGAUCCGUUUGAUUUACAAGUUGUCUCCCCUAACGAGGCUCAGAAGUCCGAUCAGUAUUAUACAAUUUCGGCUUCCUUUAUCACAAGGAUUAUCCAGAGUAAGUCAGAGACCUUCAACACUCCAGUUCUGUGGUGGUUGUGGGAGAGAAGGCUUUUCUACUUGGUGUACAACUUCCCCGUCUUUGUCAAGUUUAGGUUAUGGAAAACUUUCAAACAAUGGAAAAGAAAUGUAAGGCUGCAGAAAAGCAGCCAAAGCAGAGCUGUCUUGUACAAAACUCUCUUCAUUGCUAACGAGAUCCUACAGGGUUGUCUGGUUCAUGUCAGGAAGCUGUGUGAGGCAGCCUCAGGGAGUCUGACUGGACUUGGGGAGGGGGAACAUGCCAUCUCCCUUGUGUCCUUGGACAAGACACAAACUCUGACAUUGGAGGAUUUCAUGUCUAUUCAGCAUCAGCAGGGGGACAAAGCACUGAAACAGCUGAAUGCACUGAGGGAAAAAAUUAUCAAUUUAGUCUGGGAAUCGUGUGCUACUGUGGCUGAGAUGGAGGGUAUAACAACAGGAAUUAGAGAUGACAACAAUCCCAAGAAAGUGAAGAUACAGGUUCCUAAGGAAGAAGCCCCCGUGGCCGCCGUCACCAGUAAAACCAAACUACAGGAGAAAUAUGGCUUUACAAGCAAAACAUCCACCAUAGCUAAAACGAAUGAAAAAACUAGAGUGAAACCAUUGUAUGCUGAAAUUUCUGAAUGGAGGAAGAUCUUGUCCCGCUUGUGUAGUUUCCUCCGAUCUGUUGACUACCUGAUAUUGGAGAUGUUACGUCGGCUAGUAUUGACAGCUGUUCGUCAAUUGUUGGAUCACCUUGUAGCCUCCUACAAUGUCACCGAUGAAGAUGAAGAGAAGGGAUUUGUAUCAGAUCAUCGUAUUGCUUCCUCUUACAUACCAUCUGAACACACCUCAGCUAGUAAUUCCCCUGAGCCAGACAAAAAACAGAUGAGUGAACAUGGAACUCAUUCGGAGAGAAGUGACAGUGUUUCCUCUGUGAGCAGGCCUUUCUCUGGGACAAGUCACAGUCAAACCAGCAGUAAACCGAAGCUCCCUCCCCCUCCCAAGGCUGACACCCCCUACGAGAUCCCUCAUUUUGACUUUGAUCAACCAGAAAUAAUAGAGGGCCCACCUGAUGUAGAUGAGGUGUUGGAGGAAAUCAGGCAGAAGGAUGUGGUAGAGGAAAUUAUAGCCCCGGUCUUUAGCAUACAGUUGGUGCUAAAUGUCCCGGGGACUGAAAACCCCCAUAAAGAGGAGAGAAAAAGACAUAGACGAGGAAAGUCAUCCUCUCCAGACAAGAGUGGCUAUUUCAGUAAUGGAAAAACAGACUCAGCUUCCACUCGAAAAACAGUUCAAUUUCAAGAUAUACAUGAGACUUCAGAGACUGAGUCUGAAUCUGAGGAGAGUGAUUCUGAGGACUCAGGAGAGGAGCAUGACCACAGGAGGAGAGAGAGCUCAGAAAGUGAGGAGUCUGAGGAUGAGGACAGAACUCCUCAUGAGGAUUAUGCCUACCCAGAGCAAGAGAAAAGGUCCAAGGGAAGCAAAAAGAAAUCCUAUGUAACCUUGUCUCCAACUGAGUAUGAAUUUAAAUCUGGAAUCAGGACCAUAAUAUGUGGAUUUGAAAACACAAUAGCUCAAGUUGUGUCCAUGUUAAGAGAGCCAAAAUUGAAGGUUUUUUAUUUGCCCCCUUCCCAUGACCUUAAAUUGAACUUUGACCAGGAAGAAGAGAGAGACAGAAUGGAAUACCAGCGACCUUGGCCUGACCUUGAAAAUCUGUUUGGUGAUGACCCAGAAUACCAAAAAUAUCUGACUGACCUUGGCUCAUACAUGGCUAUGCAACUGGAACAAGUUAAACAAUUCUCUCAUAACUUUGAUCAGUACUGUGAAAUGGUGGAUAAGAGUAAAGCCUUAGACAUCGAUGAAUCCAUGGCCCGACAUGAAUGGUCUACAGAAGAGUUCAGUCAUGUUCUACCAACUUUCACAGAAAUGGUAAAGGAGAUGAGGAAGAUGACUGUGAAGAGAAGAUGUGCAAUGGUUCUGGUGAUGAGCUCUAACUUCAGGGACUCCUGUCUCCCUCACCCCCAGGAGAUCAUCAACAAAACUCACCAUAAGCUGCCAAUCAUUGCCAACAAAAGAAAUGAAGAUCUACUUACUAUUAUCAAGGGUGCAGCAAGAAAACUGGAAGACUAUCCUAAAUCUGUGGAAGAAUUUGUAGAACAUUUGUCUUUCCUGUCCAAGAUGACAUCUGAAAUCACAGCUCUUGAUAAGGAGUUCCUGAUUGUGAACAAGUUGUUCACCAUUGCCAAGGAUUUCUCUGUUAAGAUUGAACCAGAAGAUCUGGCCUUGUACCAGACAUUGGGUCCAAGUUUCCAGGGGCUGAAAAAUGCCAUACUGGUUGGUGAAGCCAAGAAAGAUGAAAACAUCCGUAAAUUCAGCCAGGACUUAGAUACCCUUAUAUAUAAGAUUCGCACCAAGCUGAUGGAGAUCAAAAACAGAGUACGCGACCCAGAUCUCCUCAGUACCGACAUUAUAGCAGUGGCCGCUCUGAGUAAGCUCGACUCAAUUCAGAGUGAGGUAAGCUCCCUGUCUACAAAAGCCAGAAGCUAUGCAAGCUACCAGGAGCGAUUUGGAAGCUCGCUGUCCAACUCUAAAAGGGGCAUGUAUGGAGAGGAGUACAUGUUGAUGGAUCGCUAUGACAGUCAAAGUGCCACUGAGAUUCAGGCUGACCUGUCUGACAUUGAGCGUGACUUGACCUUGAGGCAGUUGCUAUGGCAAUCCCAGGAGGAAUGGGAUAAGUUGUACGAGGAAUGGACAGCCACACCGUUUGAUUCUUUACAAGUGGAGCUACUGCAAAAAAAUGUAAACCGAUUCACACAGACAGUUUAUAUGUUGGAAAAAGGUUUACCAUCUAAUGAGGUCCUACCAAUUCUGAAGGAAAAAGUGACAGAGUUUAAACAUGGCAUGCCAGUAAUCACAUCUCUCAGGAAUCCAUCACUGAAGGCCCGCCAUUGGCAGCUGAUUGAGAGACUGAUCCAGAAAUCUAUUGCCCGAGAUAAGAACUUCACCCUGGCUAACCUUCUGGAAAUGAAUAUUUUCAAACACAAAGAAAAGAUUCAAGAAAUCUCUACUAAAGCCAGCAAUGAAGCCACACUGGAACUCAUGUUGGAUAAGAUUAUCAACUUAUGGCAGAACACAGAUUUCCAUCUGUCUCCACACCAGGGCAGAGACACCUUUAUCAUUGCUGGAGCAGACGACAUCAUGGCACAGUUAGAGGAGAGUCAGGUUACCAUAGGAACCAUCAAAGCAUCAAGAUACAUUGCUCCAAUCCAGACUCAAGUUGACCAAUGGGAGAGCAAGCUUGGUGUGUUUUCCAGGACCUUAGAUGAAUGGUUGACAGUACAAAGAAUGUACCUCUACUUAGAGCCAAUUUUUAGUGCCCCAGAUAUCCAAAGGACAUUGCCUGGAGAUGCUAAGUUGUUCACUGCAGUGGACAAGUCGUGGAAGGACAUAAUGAGGAGAGUAGAGGAUCGCAGGAAUGCUCUGAAGGCAGCGACCACUACAGGGACCCUAGAAACACUGACUUCAUGUAGACAGAAUCUUGAGAAAAUACAAAAAAGCUUGGAGGAAUAUUUGGAUUCCAGAAGAGUUGUCUUUCCUAGAUUUUACUUUCUUAGUAAUGAUGAACUUUUGGAGAUUCUGGGUGCCCAGUCCAAAGAUCUCAAUGCUGUUCAGCCUCAUCUUGGAAAGUGUUUUGGCAACAUCAAAUAUCUAGAGAUAGGCCAGAAUCCACCUACCAUCAAAACCAUGAUCUCUUCUGAAGGAGAAAGAGUUGCCAUGCCAAAGAACAUAAGAGCCCGAGGUUCUGUUGAACAGUGGUUGGUUUAUGUGGAAAAUGGAAUGAUAGACACUGUCAAAAAACACCUAAAACUAGGCUUGGCUGAUUGGUUGGGAGCAGAUCAGAGAGAAUGGGUCCUAAAGCAUCCUGGUCAGGUGGUCCUCACUGUGACACAGAUUAUGUUCAACAAAAAUGUCAUUCAGUGCUUUGACCUGCCCAAUGUAAUGAACAGCUUGAUUGAAGUUAAAGACAAACUAGUGGACUCCUUGAACAUUUUAGCUCGCAUGGUCUCGGGCAACAUUUUGUCUCAUCAAAGGGAGAGCAUUAUGGCCUUAUUGACCAUCAAUGUACACAAUAGAGAUAUCUUACUGGGCAUGAUAGAGCAACAAAUCCAAAAAGUGGAUGACUUUGUUUGGACUAAACAAUUGCGGUAUGAGUGGGAUGAGCAGAGUAAUAAUUGUUUUGUGAUGCAGUCCAAUGCCCGAUUCCAGUAUGGUUAUGAGUACCUGGGAUGUUCACCACGCCUAGUCAUUACCCCCCUCACUGACCGGUGCUACCUCACCCUGACAGGAGCCUUACACCUACAUCUAGGGGGAUCUCCUGCAGGGCCCGCUGGAACAGGCAAGACUGAAACAGUAAAAGAUUUGGCCAAGGGUGUGGGUAAGCAAUGUGUGGUCUUCAAUUGUUCGGAGGGUCUGGAAUACCACACCCUGGGGAAGUUUUUCUCUGGAUUGGCUCAGUCUGGAAGCUGGUGUUGCUUUGAUGAAUUCAACAGGAUUGAUCUGGAAGUGUUGUCUGUGGUAGCUCAACAAAUCCUGAUGAUAAAACAGGCUAAAGACAGAGAAGAUCUGAGGUUUAUGUUUGAAGGAAAAGACAUCAAAUUGAAUCCCACAUGUGGAUACUUUAUAACAAUGAAUCCCACGUAUGCUGGGAGGGUAGAUCUACCUGACAACUUGAAGUCCCAGUUCAGGCCGGUAGCCAUGAUGGUGCCUCACUAUGACCAGAUUGCUGAGAUCAUGUUGUUCUCAGAGGGUUUCAUUGCAGCAAAAUCUCUGUCCAGGAAGAUUGUGAACCUAUAUCAGCUGGCCAGUAAACAACUGUCCCAACAGGACCACUACGACUUUGGAAUGAGAGCCAUCAAAUCUGUGCUGGUCAUGGCGGGUCAUGGAAGAUAUAAGGAACAGCAUAAGGGUAAUCACACCGCAAACCUAACAGAGGAUGUUGAGUCCUAUAUUUUGAUCCACUCCCUGAGGGAUGCUAACCUGCCAAAGUUCCUGGCAGAAGAUGUCCCUCUAUUUGAGAAUAUACUGGAUGAUCUCUUCCCAGGAGUUGUCCCCCCUGAACCGGAUUAUGGAGUUCUAGAGAGAGCCAUAAACAUAGCUGUUAGAGACAACAAUCUACAGAACUGGCCUCAUCAGAUUGACAAGGUCAAGCAGUUCUACAACCAGAUAAUGGUCCGUCACGGCAUCAUGUUAGUGGGGCCCACAGGAGGGGGCAAGACUACUGUCAGAUCAAUCCUCCAGAAGGCUCUUAUUCUGAUGCCCACAAUUAUACCCCAGGAGGAGAAAGAUAAUGCAACCAGGAAACAGAGUAUCUUCCCUGGAAGUAGACUGAAAAAGGGUCAUGUAGAAUUGUUCUCUGUGAAUCCUAAGAGUGUCCAGUCAUCUGAGUUGUUUGGGGACUUUGACCCUUACACAAGGGAUUGGACUGAUGGACUUAUUGCUCUGGCAACCAGAAAAUUCUCCAAUGAAUUACAGCAACAACAUGGCACACCAGAGGAGCAGGCUGGGAGACCAGUUUCUACUGGCAACAAUAUGGCUAACAUAUCGGAUGCUUCUCAAACAUUGAUGCAAGAUGAAAAGGCAGAUGAAGAUGCAGAGAAGAAAGAUCAUAUGGACAAAGUGAUCACAAACUGGAGAUGGUUGAUUUUAGAUGGACCUGUUGAUACAAUCUGGGUAGAGAAUCUGAACACUGUAUUGGAUGACUCCAAAGUCCUCUGUCUGGCCAAUGGCCACAGAAUCAGUCUGCCCAGUGGGAUGAGACUUAUUUUUGAAGUAGACAACUUAUCGGAGGCCAGUCCUGCCACUAUCAGUAGAUGUGCCAUGGUUUACAUGGACCCAGUAGAUCUGGGUUGGAGACCAUUUGUGAAGACUUGGCUACAGAAACUUCCCAGGGAAAUGCCAGAGAGUGGGCGUCGACAUCUUCAACAGCUGUUUGAUUACACAAUUGAGAAAGGUCUUAAAUUUGUCAGGAAGUACUCUCAUUACCUGAUGAUGGAGGUGCCAGAAAUGUGCUAUAUAAUGACUCUGUGUAACAUUCUGUCAUCAUUUCUGGACUUCCUGUCUAAACAUGGAGGAUUUGGGGCUCCAGACAAAAUAGAAAGUAAAGAGGAUAGUGAGGAUAGGAGACCAGAGAGCCGGGCCUCAAGUCGAAGCUCCUCAAGGGCCUCAAAGAGUAAGGGCCUCAAAAAGAGGACCACCAAAAAGGUGCCCUCAAAAACCAAGGAUGUCACCUUCAAAAUGGAGGACACCAAUUCUGUCAAAAGUUCAAGUUUUGUUAGUUCUUCACAUUCUGAUAUCCUCCAAAGUGACAAGGUAUAUUACCUGCAGAAGAACCCCAAUCAGCUAUUGAACAUGUUGGGAAAGCUGUUUGCGUUUUCUUUUACUUGGAGUAUUGGAGGUAUGUUCAAACGCCAGGAGGAUGCUGAUGAUGAUGACAUGAUCAGGAGGGGCCAGGACAAGGGGGAGAGGGAUGCCAAUAUCUGUAACGAGUUUGACAACUUCAUGCAUGAGUUAUUUGAAGUGGAACCACCACUUGGUGUAAGGUUGCCAACAGGAAACAAAGUCAUUUAUGCCUACUUCAUUGAUAUGGAGUCUGGUAACUUUGUAUCCUGGGAUGUUCUGGUACCAAAAACCAAGUCCCUGAUAGAGAAGGGAGCUGUCAUUACUAUAGGGGAGACAAUGGGGGUUUCUGGGGGGCACAAGAAGAAGAGAGAAGAGGCUGAGAUUACUCCCACCGUGGACCUCAUUAGAUUCUCCUUCCUGUCUGGACUUCUGCUGCUGCACAAACAUCCAGUGCUGCUAACAGGAGAAUCUGGAGUUGGCAAGUCAGCCAUUAUUAACCACAUGUUAGGCAGACUGGGUCAAGAUGGUGGAACAUCCACCAAAAGUGGCACUGUGCUGGGUCAGAUUCUCAGCUACUCAGACAAGACCAACACCCUACUGGAGAGUAUCUCAAAACUCACAGAAAUGGACAACAAUGACGAGUCCAAAAGCAUCGAUGUCCUACUGGGGACAGCCAAGCCUAAAAGUUCUACUGGAGUUAUUAGUUCCAUGAUUCAGUUUUCUGCCCAGACAACAGCAGCUAGACUUAAGGCUCACAUCAUGCACAAACUUAUAAAGAAGGGCAAGGACACUCUAGGGGCUCCCCGAGGGAAAAAGGUACUGGUGUUUGUGGAUGAUUUGAACAUGCCUGCCCCUGAGGUGUAUGGAGCCCAACCACCCCUAGAGUUAUUGAGGCAGUUCUUGGAACUUGGUGGAUUUUAUCAUGCUGGGAAAGCUCAUCUUGUAUGGAAGGACAUUUAUGAUGUACAUGUGGUGGCAGCUUGUGGUCCACCAGGUGGAGGCAGAAACCCCAUCAGUCCAAGGCUCCUCAAACACUUCAGCAUUUUUGCUCUACCCCAACCAUCUACUAGGUCCCUCCAACAUAUCUAUCAAGUGCAGUUAGGUCGCUUCUUCCAAGAGGGGGAGUUCGCUACAGAAGUGACAGAACUACAGCUCCCCCUGGUGUCUGCUGCCAUUGCUGUGUACUACAGGAUGUGUGGUAGCAUGUUGCCGACUCCUGCUAAAUCUCACUACACAUUCAACCUCAGAGACUUGUCCAAGGUUAUACAAGGACUUCUUCAAGCUCAUGAAUCUGUCAUUGUGAGCAAGGAUAAUGUAGCUCAGCUGUUUGCCCAUGAGGCCACUCGAGUUUUCCACGAUCGUCUCAUCUGCCUGGAGGAUAGAGAUACUUUCUUCCAGUUCCUGUCUGACACUCUACAUGACCACUUUAAGGUCAAAUGGACAAAGGAAAAGCUGAUGAAUGAGCAGGUUUUGUUUGGAGAUUUCUUUGAGCUACAGGAAUCUAAGUCUGCUCGAGUUUACCACCCUAUGUCUGACCGUAACAAACUUUCCCAGAUCCUGGAGGAGUAUUACCUCCGGAUGAACUAUGGCAACACUAAGCUAAAUAUUUUUGGUGUGAUAAUCAAGGCUACUCAAAUGGUGUUUUUCAAAGAUGCAGUGGAGCACAUUACUAGAGCAGCCAGGGUGUUCCGUCAGCCCGGGGGUCACAUGUUACUGGUUGGUAUGGAUGGUACAGGAAAGUCCACCAUUGUCCAGCUGGCCAGUCAUAUUGCUGGGUGUGAGCUGUUCAAACUGUCCCUCCAUAGAGGCUACGGGACCUCAGAAUUCAGGGAGGACCUCUCCAAAGUGUUUAAGUACAGUGGGGUCAAGGGCACAAAGAUUGUCUUCUUACUGACAGAUUCUGAUAUUGUUAAGGAAUCAUUCCUUGAAGACAUUAACUGUAUCCUGAACUCUGGUGAGGUUCCUGACUUGUUUGACUCAGAGGAAAGAGAUGGGAUCAGAAUGGACCUCAAACAAGCCGCCUCCGAGGCAGACAUCCCUGACACUAAGGAGUCUGUGUACCAGUUCUUUAUUCACCGAGUCAGACAGAACCUCCAUGUGGUGCUGACCAUGAGUCCCGCUGGUGGGAAGUUCAGACAGCGCUGUCGUAUGAACCCUGCCCUGAUUAACUGCUGCACCAUUGACUGGUAUGAUGAGUGGGAAGAUGAGGCCAUGUUGAAUGUGGCACAGGUCUUUUUCUCUAACGCUGAGUUCAUCACUAGUGAAGGCUUGGAUAUAGAGGCCUUGAAGACAAAAGUAGGUCAGGUGUGUGUGGAUAUUCACAAGUCUAUAGGAAAGAUGUCGGUGAGGUACUGGGAGGAGAUGAGGCGCCAUUACUACUCCACUCCCAGCAGUUACAUGGAGCUCAUCAGACUCUACUCCAAAAUGCUGAAAGAGAAUAAAACAGAAUUUGUCAAUAACAAAAACCGUCUAAAUGUGGGACUGUUUAAGUUGUCUGAGGCCAACUCUCUUGUUGGGGAGAUGUCUGUAGAGUUGGAGACUCUUGGUCCAAAGAUUGAAGAGAAACAAAGGGACACAGAGAUCCUGUUAGAGCAGUUAAAGAAAGACCAAGAGGCUGUGCAGGAAGUGCAGGAAAUUGUGGAACAAGAGGAGGGAGUGAUGCAGCGAGAGACACAGAUUGUACAGGACUAUGCUGAUGAAUGUCAGAGAGAUCUUUCAUCAGUUAUUCCCACACUGAUCAUGGCAACGGAAGCGCUCGAUACGCUGGACAAGGCAGCUAUUUCUGAGAUCCGAGUUUACACUAAGCCACCAUUCCUAGUGAUGACUGUCAUGGCUGCUGUUUGUAUCCUGCUGCAGAAGAAACCUGACUGGAUGGUAGCUAAAACACUACUGGGAGAUCCCAACUUCCUAAAGAGGCUCAAACAGAUUGACAAGGAUAGCCUGCCAGACAAGGUUUUUCACAAGCUGAAGAAAUACUCCAAGAAUCCAGAUUUCAAUCCAGAUAAAGUGGGGACUGUCUCCUUUGCCUGUAAAUCUAUUUGUGCUUGGGUGCUGGCUCUGGAGCAUUAUAACGAAGUCUACAAGAUGGUAAAACCAAAACAAAGGAGAGUAGAAGAAGCAAAAGAGGCACUCCAACUAGCUGAGCAUAGCUUGGCUCAAAAACAGAAAAGUCUCAAGAAGAUUCAAGACCACCUGAAUACCCUUCAACAACAGUACAGAGACAGUGUAAAUCAGAGGGAGUCUCUCAAACAACAUAAAAUCACUACAGGACUCAGGCUUAAGAGAGCCUCCAUACUCAUUGAUGCCUUAGGUGGAGAGAAGGUAAGAUGGGCAGAGUCUGUGAAUGUGCUUGAUGAGAAGUUGUCAGGACUUGUGGGGGACACUUUAGUGGCUGCUGCGGCUGUGGCGUACAUUGGACCAUUCACCGCCAAGUACAGGAAGGAGCUUAUUUCCUCCUGGGUUGAUCUUUGUAAACACUACACCAUUCCUAUAUCCAAAACCUUUGAUCUAGUCAAAAGCACUGUGGAUGCUUAUCAAGUUUUAAAAUGGCAAAAUAAAGGCUUACCACAGGACAACCAUUCAACAGAAAAUGCUCUGAUAGUGAGAAAAACAAAAAGAUGGCCAUUGUUUAUAGAUCCUCAGGGACAAGCUGUGAAUUAUAUCAAAGAAAGGAAGGGAAAUCGCCUGGAAGUUGUGGAUGCCUCUGACCCUAACUACAUGAAAACGUUGGAGACGGCCAUUAGAGUAGGACAGCCCAUGUUACUUAAGGAUGUGUCUGAGCAGUUGGACCCUGCCCUGAGACCGGUCCUCCUACAUGAGACCUUCCAGAGAGGAGGGCAGACCGUUAUCAAGCUGGGAGACACAGAAAUAGAGUACAACUCCAAAUUCAGGUUGUAUAUGACAACAUCAGUGGCCAACCCCCACUAUUUACCAGCAGUUUAUAUCCAGGUCAACAUCAUCAACUUCACUGUCACGUUCGAUGGACUCCAGGAGCAACUCUUGUCUGCUGUUGUCAGACAAGAAAAACCCAUUCUAGAGAGCCAGCGCAGUGACCUAUUAGGAAGUAUAGCAGACGACGUGAAAGCAUUACGAGAUUUAGAGGACAGGUCACUCAGUCUGCUUCAAAACACAGAAGGUCACAUUUUGGAUGACCAGGACCUGGUGGACACAUUACAGCAGAGUAAAGGAAAGUCAACCGAGAUCACAAAGAGAGUGGCUCAAUCUGAGGAAACAGAGAAAAAACUCAACCUGGCCAGAAAACGAUAUCUGCCAGUUGCCACUCGAGGUGCUACUUUAUACUUUGUAUUGGCUGAUUUGGCCCAGAUAGCUGUCAUGUACCAGUUCUCUCUGGACUGGUUCAAAGACAUGUUUAUCUCCUGUAUCAGUAACCCACAGCUGACCCACGGUCAGACUGACCUGGCCCUGCUUCAGGAUGGACAGAGAGGUGGGCGAAGGAAGUCUAGUCUGGCCCACUUAGUGGGCACUCUGAGGCCCAGCAGUCGACAGGGCAGUGUCUCAUCCACACCAAGGCCCAGUAUUGCUGAAGUUUUGAAGGAGACUCCAGCAGAAAAUCCUGCGGAAUUGAAAAAACAUAUGUUGGAGAUGAUAACAAGGUUAACAUACAGUAUUUACCGUGUGGUGUCGGUGGCUCUAUUUGCCCACCAUCAGCUGACUUUCUCCUUCAUGUUGUGCUCCAGUAUAAUGAGGGCCAAUGAUAAAUAUGAGGACGUCACCACCAUUGGGAAAAUCUGUGAGUUUGACUGGAGUGUGUUUCUACAGGGAAAUAUCCUGGCUAACAUGAUGGAUGAAAAGGACAUCCAGGAAUAUGAUGGUUUGACACCGAUGGAGCGACUUGAGUAUCAAGCCAGGUCAGGGGAUCCAGAUGCCCCUCCCAAGAAAGCCCCUCCUAUUUGGGUCACCGAUGCCAUGUGGCGACAGUGUCAACAAUUGGAGAGCAGUAUGUCCAGUUUUACAGGACUCUGUAGAAGUCUGAUUACAGAUCACCUUCACUGGGAACUACUCAAACAAAUGGAGGAUCCGUACAAAGGCAUGCAGACAAGUUACAAGGAACUGACUGGUGAUGAUCCCAAACAUAAAUAUGGAACAAUAUUUGCCUGGGAGAAAUUGUCGGCCUUCUAUCGACUGAUCCUUAUCAAGAUCCUGCGACCCGAUGCUCUGAUGACCUCAAUAGGUCAAUUUGUGGAGCAACAUUUGGGACAUAACUUCAUAUCAUCUGGUUCUUUUGAUCUGAAGGAGAUUUAUGAUGAUUCUACAGCUAAAACACCUCUCAUUUUCAUUCUCUCACCAGGAACGGACCCCCUAGCACAGUUAGUGAGGUUUGCAGAAGACCUUCGAGGCAGUGCCUUACACCUGGAUAUGAUCUCCCUGGGGCGAGACCAAGGCCCCAAGGCAGAGGAGCUGAUCUCCAAGGCACAGAUCCUCAAAGGCCGCUGGGUAUUCCUUCAGAAUUGUCACCUGGCAGCCUCAUUCAUGCCUAGGCUCCAGGCCAUUGUGGAAAAGUUAAGUCAUGCUGGAGAUGACAUUGAUCCACAGUUCCGACUCUGGCUCAGCUCCAAACCGGAUCCAAGUUUCCCAAUAUCCAUACUACAGACUGGAAUGAAGAUGACUGUAGAACCUCCACAAGGCUUGAAGUCUAACAUGCUGCGAUCGUUUGGGAGUGGGGGGACAGGAACUAUCACAGAGAAGAAGUUUGAGUACAAGGAGGCGGGGCCUGACUGGCAGAAACUCCUCUUUGGUCUGUGUCUGUUUAACAGUGUCAUUCACGAGCGCAAGAAAUAUGGCCGCUUGGGAUGGAACAUUCUGUAUGGCUUCAAUGAUUCGGAUCUGUCUGUAUCUGUACGUCAGCUACAGAACUUACUGGAGGAACAUGACGAGAUUCCAUGGGAGGCCUUGACCUUCCUGAUUGGGGAGGUUAUUUAUGGAGGACGUGUGACAGAUGAGUGGGACAUGAGGUGCCUGGGGGCCCUCUUAAAGAGGUUCUUCUGUCCCGAGGCCUUGACCCCAGACUAUUCCUACUCACCAGAUGGGCUUUAUCGUCCAAUAAAGUCUGACAUCCCAUUCUCUGAAGUCAUAACUUAUUUAGAGAGCCUGCCAAACUACGACUCUCCAGAGCUGUUUGGAAUGACAAACAACGCAGAGAAGGCGUGUCGUGAAAUGCAAGCCCAGGAUUUGAUUGAAACCAUCAUAAAUGUACAGCCAAGAUUGUCCCUGGAUAUCUUGGGAACUGAGAAGAGUAAUGAUGAUGUAGUGCUGGAGGUGGCUAAUGAUAUACUGAGGCUGUUACCAGUCAGCAUAGAGGAGUUUACAGAUGUGAGAGAAUCCCACGGGGGACAAAUCCAGAAUAUCCCCAGACCUACCCUCAAAGACAUCCUCUUUAAGGAGGCCCCAGAACUGAAGGAUAAAGAGAAAGAAAAAAUCGUACAAGAGGCCAUUGAUACAGUGGUAGGUAACUCUGCCUUGAUGACAGUACUUCGACAGGAAGUGGACAGAUUUAACAACCUGUUGUCUAUCAUUCAUGAGUCCCUGAAAGCCCUCAUCCUGGCUGUAAAGGGGGAGGUCAUUAUGUCAGAAUCUCUGGAGGAAGCCUACACAGCCCUACUCAGUCAAAAAGUCCCACAGAACUGGAAGAGUGCAUCCUAUGAGUCUUGUAAGCAGUUAGGAUCCUGGACACAUGACCUAUUGAUGAGAGUGGAAUUCUUUGCCACUUGGGCUGGUCUGAUUUGUGAAAAUGUGGAAAAAAUCAUCAAAGCUAAUUUACUGACCACCAAACAACAGACAUCGGCUCCACCACCAGAUUUAGAACCAGAGGAUCUCACCAGGAACCAGCCCAGAGCCUUCUGGUUAUCUGGUUUCUUUUUCCCACAAGGAUUCUUAACGGGGGUUCAGCAGAAUCAUGCGAGAAAGCUGGGCAUCUCUGUGGAUUCUCUUGUGUUCAACUUCCACGUGAAAACCAAAGCCACCGACACUGAAGAAUCUCUGAGUGAUCUCAAACACAAACACUCCAUUAAAAUAACUGCAUUUAAGGGUAACAAUGCGCCUGAGAAUGGGGUUAUGGUGUUUGGUCUUUUUCUUGAUGGUGCAAGCUGGGAUCCCAAUCAUGAAUGUCUGAAUGACUCUAGGCCUGGAGAGAGGUUUUCCAAGCUUCCAGAAAUUCAUUUUGAACCAGUACAGAUUUCUACAUUGUCCACUCCAUCAGAAACUAAUGAUGCUACUUCUAGCAGUACUAGUGAACCGACAAAACAGACUUAUAAAUGUCCACUAUACCGGACAUCAGAGAGGGCGGGAACACUGUCCUCCACUGGACAUUCCACUAACUUUGUCACUGCUGUAGAUUUGCCGUCCAAACAUCCGUCCGAUUUCUGGGUGAUGAGAGGAAUUGCCAUGUUGUGUCAGUUAGAUGACUGAAGAGCUGACUUGUUAAUUUUCUACAAACUACAUUAUACAUGUAUGUAACUUGUCAAGUGUAUUAAUUUUGAAUGCUGUUUUGAAAAAAAAUUGACAGAUUUGUUGGGAUAUAUAUAUAGUUACAUAGAUCUUUUGCAAGUUUCAUCACUGCUGACCAAAACUGUGAUUUAUUUAUACAGACUGCUGAGUCCACUUUUUAUCUGUCUGUGGUACCAAAAUGUUUAAGGGUAACACUAUUUCUAAGAACUUCUUUUAUUCAAAAUGUGAUAUUUAUAAAUAACUGUGCCUUAUAUAUCAAUACUCUUUUGUCAAACUGCUGAACCAAACUAGUAUAUUAUGUUACUAUUUAUAAUACAGCUUGCUGUAUGUACAUGUAUGUCUACACAGAAAUUUAUUUUUAAAAAUAAUUUUUAGACUAAGAAUCCUGUAUUUUGAUUUAAACGAUGUUUACUUGGUAUUGUACUUCCCUAUCUUUCCUGAAUACCAAACUCUGACUUCUGUGAUACACUUAUGAUGUCAUAUACUGAUAACAUGUUUGAGGACUACAAAUAAAAAUUAAACUUUU